AUGACGUCGUUAUGCAUAGUAGACGAUGCUUCGAACGAUGUACCGAGGCUGGAGAAGGAUAUUUUUUGGGCUUCAGACGAGGUAAAAGCGGUUUAUCCGAAGGACAUUAGUGGGCAGAAUGUCAACCCGCUGGUCGGCUCCGCAACGCAUGCACAGUAUGGUACUUAUUCGUUCAAAGAUCAAGAAGCUCCAAUGGUUGUUAGAAAGUCAGUGGAUGUGAACGCUAUAGGGCUUUAUCCAAAAAUGUCUUUGACAGGUAGGCUUUCAAGACGCUUCAGAAGUGUUGCUGGGAAAUUUCAACGUUACGAUGUAAAACAAAGAAUGCUCCCAUUGGUCCCAAAAACGUCAAAAGGUCGCUGUUACAGCAGAAGAGUGUCAGUAAUUGAUUCGCCAAGUCCAUAUCAUUCUACCCUGCCGGAAAAUCAUUUAGAAGACGGAGUACAAACUGAGGUUGACUAUAAUUUUAACAGUUACCUUCAUUCUUCUGCUCCCAUUAAACGGUCAACACGAUCUUCAGCGGUUAGCAUUAUGGACGAAUGCCCAACAUUCUUACGUAAAUGUUUAAUUCAACUUUAA